CGAUUUAAGAGGGAGAAUCGAGAGAAUCUGGUUUAGAAGCAGGUGUGCUUGCUGGAGAGAUAAAAAGGUAUGUGUCCAGAUCGCUUUGCACAGCUUGAUUUGAAGUAGAUUCGAUUUUUCUCCUCGAAACAAUACUUUCAGCUUUCAUAGCAAAUUUUCCAAACAUGCAUCUCAUAAAUGGCCACGCGAUUCUGCUGAUCACCUUCUUUUUCAAACAGAGCAUUCUGGCAGCACCAACUGGAGAUCCUCUUCUUGGUUACAACCCUUCAAAUGUUGUUAUCACCCAAGAUACCGACAAUAUCGACUAUGAACUUGCACCAGGCCAAACAGAUUCAGCAACUGUAGGCGCCUCUCUGGACUUCAGCACAAUCCAGAACCCUCAACCUAUCCGGGGCUCCAAAGGUGGUACUGACCCGGGUCCAAGAACUUCGCCUUAUGAUAUCCUCAACCCCGAUAAACUUGCACCUCCGGGCACCGACCAUGGAAGUGUGAGUAACGCACAAUGGCCCAUGGGGCUCAGCCAUGCGAAAUUGGGAAUUGACCAUGCAGGCUGGUCGAGACAACAAAAUGUGGACAAUAUACCCGCAGCCACAGAAAUGGCAGGCGUGGAUAUGCGCUUGGAGGAGGGCGGUUACCGUGAAUUACAUUGGCAUAAGGCGGCAGAGUGGGCUUACAUCUUCAAUGGGAGUGUGAGACUUCAAGCUGUUAAUGAUGAAGGCCAGACUUUCGUCGAUGAUUUGAAUGCGGGUGACGUUUGGUAUUUCCCUCCAGGCGUGCCACACUCUCUGCAAGGACUGAAAGGUGGAGUAGAAUUUCUCUUGGUCUUCGAUGACGGAAGUUUCUCCGAGGAUAAUACCUUCUUGGUUUCAGAAGUCUUUGCACAUAACCCAAUUGAAGUCCUUUCCAAGAACUUCCAACUUCCCAAAUCCGCCUGGUCCGACAUCCCUUCUGGAGAACUCUUCAUUUUUCCCGGCACAAAGGCCCCCACCGAUAUAGCCGAACAGAAUAUCACCGGCUCAGCUGGUCUCGUGCCUAAAGAAUUCUCCUACUCCUAUCACCUCUCCAAAGCUCCUCUAACGCACGAUACUCCCGGUGGAACCAUCAAGAUACUCGAUCCAAAAUCCUUUCCUCUCGCCGCCCAAUUCUCCGCCGCAGUCGUAACUCUGCAUCCUGGAGCUAUGCGUGAAAUACAAUGGCAUACCACAAGUGAUGAAUGGAACUUUUUCAUAUCUGGCAGUGCGAGAAUUAGUAUAUAUGCAGCUCAGGGAUUAGCAAGAACUUUCGAUUACCGCGCGGGUGACUGUGGAUAUAUUCCUAAAGGAAUGACGCAUUAUGUUGAGAAUACUGGAAAUGAUGAUGUGACAUUCAUUGAAGUUUUGCAGGCAGAUCAUUUCUCGGAUAUUUCGGUCGGCCAAUGGGUUGGUUUGACGCCCAAGCAGAUAGUAGCUGAUACGCUUAAUUUAUCCAACGAGACUGUCUCGGCUUUUAAGAAGGAGAAGCAGUAUAUUGUGACCGGCGAUGUCCCGGAGUGAAUGGGCUCAUAGGCUUUUGAUGGUUGAAAUAUGUCUUUCGUUUUUCUGGUUCCUCAUUCGGGGGCCUUCUUUCGCUCAAUUUCGGUUGCUUUUCUUUGAAUAUACGUCUUCAUAUAUUGUUGCAACGUGAAGGAAUUUUUAGCUCUCCUGCCACUAAAGGCACAUGCAACCAUUAAGAUAGCUUUUCAACAAUUCUAUGAUUUUGUCUCGAGAAUGUUGCGUGAAUCUCGAAAAAUCAUGAUUUCUUUGUGGUGAGAAGAGGUAAAAUUAUGAAAAAGUGGAUUUCCCAGUGGAUGUAGUAAUUUGACUAUAUGUAACCUUCCUUGACUGUAAGAAAGAUUGUAAUAUGAGGCUUUUCUUGGCAGUUCGCUUCUAUGCAAUCAUCUGUUUGCCGAGUGGGUGGGGUGUGCAACGUAGCCACCUGUGUAAAACAACUUCGUACGCGAGCUAAACCAUGUGAAAAAUAUUGAAGUUCGAAGUGUUAUUUUUCAUGCCAGCGGACCCCAAAAAGGAUUAUCCAAAAUUAUUCAUCUUCCCAGAAUUUCUUCUCCACCUCUUCCAAGAGAUCCUUAACCUUCUC